GAUCGAGUUGUGAAAGAGCAUAUGUAGGCGCCAACAGUACUGUACUUCGCUUUAUUACUGCUCUACUCGAAUCAUCAUCUCGACUUUCUCGGCUCGCUACGACUACAGCUUUGACUCUCUAGUCCCGCUGUCGAGGAACAUUGAAACAUAAGCUGUCAGCUGCGCCCGUGUGCUCAACCGAUCCAAAAAGUUGCGUGACAUACCGUGAAACGCACUAUGGACUGUUUGGAGAUCAAUGUUCGCCAAAUGAUCCUCUGUGACCUUUCUGCAAACAUCGAAGACUUCAAGAAUGAGCAGCCGACUCCGGAUUAUUUGUCCGCUAUUGACCUCAUCACUUCGAAAGUUGAAACCAGGACUCGUUCGGGAGAGGACAGCACGUUGGAGAAUGGUGAUGUUUGUGGGACCGAGAAGCAGCAACGGGUGUUCAUGUCAAAUUCCCGCAUUCAAUGCAACAUUGGUUUCGCAGAACUUGCUAUCAGUCUACCUGACGCACAUGUGGAGGCAACCGUACCAGUUCUGGUUGAUCUACUGAGAGACAUUCCCUACAUUGACUUCGACCAUUGUCUCGCUUGGGAGGAUUGGGCAUUGCCCGACCAGCUCGUAUUUAAGACUGUCUCAGCCUUACUCAGAAUCUCUUCCGUCCAUACCGACUACCGCAAGACUGCUACUGACGCCAUCGUACAAUUCGCGGAAUGCAUCGCUUCUAUGUUGCAAGCUGGCGGCUCAAUGGAUAUCCUUACUCAAUUUGCGCCGGCGUUCCACGGUUUUUACCGUGCUAUUAUUUCUAUACCCUUUUCCUGGACUAUUUCAGAAUGGACGUCCCUAUCAAGCCAUCUUAAUAGCUUACUUUCAGCUGAAGCCGUUGAACACUUCAAUCGACUUUUAAUCGACAUUCUCAAAGCUGAAGGCGAAGACCUUGACAGAAUACACUUUGUCCAAACUCAUCUCUCUCGUUACAUCUCUCGAGGGAGACCUUUGAGCGGCUAUUUCAUCGUUUGCUGUGUCUUAGAGGCUCAAUGGACCACUUUGGCUCAAGCACUCACGCCUUCACAUGUGCGGGAUGGAUAUCCAGAAUUUGCUGAGGCUGCAGCUGCGAAUAGGGCGUGGCAGAGUCUUUUGCGUCAACCCGUCGAGGAAACAUCUGACGACGAAGAUUACAGGGCUGUUGUUGGCAAAACCAUGGAGAAUACGAUGCAGACUUUCACUAGUCUACUCAUACAAAUUGAGGAAAUGGACGCUGAACCUUCAGAGGACAGUUAUGCAUGGGAAACUAUGUCUGAGAGCUUGAAACUGGCGGCGAUCUGCUCGGUAGCUCGGGGCGAGCUUGAUAAUAAACUUUAUGCUCGCAUCAAGCUUCUUCUGAGCGAUGAAUCACCCCUUUCCGAUAAUUUGGUUCAAGAGGCUGCUCUCAAAGCUACCGCCAUUCUCGUUCGCAAUUUCCCGGAAAUUGCUCUCAGAAUGGCCGGUCACCUAAGACGGUUCAUCACCUCUCCGCUUCCGAUAUUCGAGUUCGAGUUUGCAGCGGGCACGCGCACGCCGCCGCCUUUGGUUGCUGCGGCCAAAUGCUUAGCCCUUUGUCUCGACCUCGCACCAGGAGACGAUAUCGGCAUGUCAUACAUGUAUUCAUUGCUGAACUACAUUGCUGCGACCAAUAAAGAUUCAUACGAAAGCGCGGCCUUCAUCAACGUCAAUCCAGCAGACCAAGCGGACUAUUCGGCUCUCUACUCUGUAGAAACUGGUUUGCGCGGCCUGGCAGAGGACGAGAAGAGAUUGAUUGGUAUUAGUACGAUUUCUGUGGUUACCCGACUUGCGCUUGAGUUUGAUGGUGAAGAGGUCGUCAAGCUUACCAUCUCUAUGCUCCUGCAACGUCUGAGAAGUGCGGAGCCGACGGUAGAAGCGGCAAUCUCUUAUAAUCUCGUGGACCUCGCACUGGCUGCUCCUGAAAGUGCCUUCAUUGAUAUCAUUCGGGCCUUCUCUGCCAUUAACCGCUCAGCAAACCCGGAUGAUCCAAGGUUCUCUAAUAACAUGGUACUUGCUGCGCAAACCCGUUUAGCCCGAGAACUGCAUAAACGCCCCGAACUUUAUGAAGUUUAUUUGGUUGAGUUGUUGACGCUAUUCUCUGACAAAGGUGUCGCUAUCCAGAACCUGUCAGCUUCGAAUCAUCAUGCAAAGAUAGAAGACAUGACUGAGCAAUUAGCAUCACUUUUACUGCCAAUCGACGCGCUCCUCAGUCAUAGCGAUUUUGACAUUGACUCGGACGCGACACAAUCGAUAGUCAACCUAUUCCGCAACAUGUGGUUCCUCUGUGUACUAUUCCAGUUCACGGCUGCCGAUACAAAAGAUCAUCCUGCUAUGGCAUGGCAGAAGCCAGCGCUCGCGAGGAUUGCAGUGAAAACGCCACCGAUCGUGCUCGAGAAGGCUCAUGACUCUAUUGCAAAUGAUCUAGAGUACAAUCCUGUAAUUCGUCAGGAAUAUGUUGAAGACAUUAUCAGCAAGCACCGCCUCCUUCUUCAAAAACAUAUACCACUUCGAGCCACGGAAGUCCGUGGUCUAUUUCCUGGCCAGAUUAUAUUUUUGCUCACGAUGCACGACGUCGAGAGCAUGAGGUCUGCAGCUGGUUUACCCUCCUCGCUUGUCUCAUACUUCACCAAUAACGGGUUGAACGCCAACGCUGGACUAGCACAUUGUAUGGAAGCCGUCGCUGAGAAGGUCAUCCGCGGUUCUUUGGUGGACUUAAACAGUCAAGCAUCGCAACAGAGUCUUCCAACCGAGCUAUCUCAAGAACUCCGCUCCUUGGUGGUAGCAAGCACCCAUCGGAUAGCAAGACCCAGAGACAUUGCGUCGAAGUACCUGGAUAGGCUUAUAACAUCCUUUCCUUCUUUGAUGUGCGACCCGCCGCUCGUGAUCGCCAUCCUAGAGGUCCUGACAUUGUUGCGUCAAGCAUGUGAAAAUGAGUUCCUUGACGAGGACAAUCCAACGUACACAUUCACAUCGGAGAGGUCGAACAUCACACUGCAACUUACCGACGAUUACGGCGCUCGUAAACAGAUACUAGCUCAAUUGCAUCGUGAUACUAACCGAUGGUUUGAGUUGGCGCUUGGUCGAGCUCCGCUUGAGUUACAGACCACUCUGCAGAGACAUCUGGCUUUGAAUCAAGUGACUUCUGCGUCGGAUUUAUCCGAUCUUGGCUCCUCCAUCGCAUUAGACUUCGGCAGGGCGAUUGGCCCAAUUGAUCGCAAACUCUCUUCCUUGUCAAAUAUGCUCAGUACGAAGAUGGACCGUACUAAACUGUUUGUGAGCCAGCUCGCUUCGAAAGGAUAUUUUGUAGGAGAAGCUGCUGGAUACAAUCUAGCUCCUGCCGGCACGCAUGAAUUGGGCGCGGGCGCCCCCGAGCCUACAUCUCCUCACGAAGUGAACAUAAUAAAGACGAGGAUGUCGGAACACAUUCGGGAUAUUCGUCGAAAGAGGAGUUCUUUGACGAUACAAAAUCUCAGGCGCCUUCUCUUCCGUGCUGCUGCCAUCCUGAUAUCUUCUCAGAAGUGCGACUACGAUCUUUUGCAUUAUCUGGUCGCGCUGCCUUUCGAAUCUUUUACGCCCUCAACAGUUUCCGCUGGGGUGGAGGUUUGGUCAUGGGUUAUCGCCGAGAAAGUUGAUUAUGAGGUUGCCCUCACGUCGGAAAUUACUUCCGCUUGGAUCAGCACUAUCAAGCAUGGUCGAGGCAUGUUUUCGACAUCACUGAACGCGAACGGCCCUUUCUGCCAUUCAGUGGAGUACAGCCCAUCUGACAGGGAGACUAUCAGCCGCAUAGCAUCUCAAGCAACUCGUCUUCUCACUCCGCACAACCUCAUCUUGAAGCUUUUGGUUAGCAGACUGCAAGCGGCCAGAUAUCGCAAAUCUAGUAUAAUGCACCUCAUGCAGCGAUUGGCGUUGACUUCUGCUCGUGCACAUAAGCAUAUGAGUACACACCCUCUAUCGAGAGAAGCACGAUUCUGCUUUCUUCUAUUCGGUUUUGAGACCCUGCGCAGCUCUCACCUUGAUACUGGCUGCGAGAGUCAGCUGAGAAGCAGUCUCUACAACGCUUCGCUGUCAUGGUUCAGUGUGCGCCCACAAUGGACAUAUGGCGCCAACCGCGUGCAGCUGGACGUAGACAUCAAGCUGCUAUCCGAAGUACUUUCGUACCUCCAAGCCGACGUCGUUCGAGGAUAUCCAGUGAUCUCGAGUCUUCACACCGCUCAACACUCCAAGGCUACUCAACAUGUCACUGCACUGAAAGCGUUGAACCUCCCUCUGAGAGUCUUGGUGGACGACGAGAUUUCUAGGCUCACCGUUUGGGUCAACGCUUGUAAUGACCCAAAGCGCGGUCCUGAUCAUUUUGGGACUGUGGAUAAGACACUAACCGACAACUCUUGGCAAAGCAUCGUACGAAAUGCGUGGCAAGUUGACCCUGCUGUCGCAAUUUUCUUAACAGAACGGUUCAACGUGGCCUCCGUUCAUUCUGAGGCGUCGAAACUUGUGCGGUCGAACACCCGGGAGGCGCUCGAUAUUCCGGAGGGCCUUCGUUUCCUGAUCAGUGAUACUACACAGUCACCCAUACGGCGCGAUUUGAAGUACCUGGUUGCUUGGGCUCCUGUACCACCCGUCAUAGCAAUCACGUUCUUCGAGAAGCGGUAUCAGAAUGAUCCUCUUCUGUUGCAAUAUGCGCAUCGAGUACUAGAAGGCCAUCCAGUGGACUUAACCUUUUUCUUCGUGCCGCAAGUUGUGCAAGCUCUCCGCUACGAUGACCUAGGUUAUGUGGCUCGCUUCAUCUUCGAGACAGCAAAGAUAUCCCAGUUGUUCUGUCACCAAAUAAUUUGGAACAUGAUGGCGAAUUGCUACAAAGAUGACGCCGCGGAAUUGGAGGAUCCUCUGAAGCCAACGCUGGACAAGAUGGUAGACCUGCUUGUAGAGUCUUUGUCGGGGGAAGCGAAGAACUUCUAUCAAAGGGAGUUCGGGUUCUUCAAUGAGGUGACCUCGAUCUCAGGCAAGCUUAAGCCUUUCAUCAAGAAGACUAAGCCGGAAAAGAAAGCCAAGAUAGACGAGGAGAUGAACAAGAUACGCGUCGAAGUCGGUGUAUAUCUCCCAAGUAAUCCCGACGGUAAGGUCGUCGAUAUCGACAAGAAGUCUGGUCGUCCGUUACAGAGUCAUGCCAAGGCGCCCUUCAUGGCAACCUUUAAAGUGCGGAAAGUGCGACCUAUCAUGAGUGAUGACAAUGGAGAUCUUGUCGGAGACGACCCUCAGGCUCAGAUUGCUACGCAAGAGUACGAUGUCUGGCAACAAGCCAUUUUCAAGGUUGGCGAUGAUUGUCGUCAGGACGUCCUUGCUUUGCAAGCCAUUGCAAUGUUCAAGAACAUAUUCACCAGCGUUGGGCUGACCGUUUAUCUAUAUCCAUAUCGAGUUACGGCUACUGCUCCGGGUUGCGGCGUUAUUGACGUUGUGCCAAAUGCCACGUCUCGAGACGAGAUGGGUCGUGCUAAGGUCAAUGAUUUGCUUGACUUCUUCGUUGCGAAGUAUGGAGGGGAGGAUACUGUCGAGUUCCAGAAAGCACGACUCAACUUCAUCCAGUCCAUGGCUGCAUAUUCCGUCGUUUGUUAUAUUUUGCAGGUCAAGGACAGGCAUAACGGUAAUAUCAUGAUCGAUGGUGAAGGACAUAUCGUUCAUAUUGACUUCGGUUUCCUCUUCGACAUAGGGUGUCAAAUUUGAACCGAACUCGUUCAAGCUCACUCAUGAAAUGGUGAUUCUGAUGGGUGGCCGGUACUCUCAAGGCUAUCAGCUUUUCCAACAACUCACAGUGAAAGCCUUCCUUGCCAUACGGCCUCAUGCCGAUCAACUUGUUAGCACCGUUCAGCUCAUGCUCGACACCGGGUUGCCUUCAUUCAAAGGCGAGCCAACAAUCAAGAGGCUCAGGGACAGGUUCGCCCUUGGCUUGAAUGAAAGACAAGCCGCAGAUUGGAUGAUGGCUAUUAUUCGCAAUGCCCAUGAGAAUGUUCGAAGCACUGCGUAUGACGAGUUCCAGCGUCUUCAGAACGGUAAGCACUUCCCAAAGUCAUAUGAGAGGGAGUGCUAUAACGCUGUUCUUCAUAGGCAUCCCGUACAAGUAGCGUACACUUCAUUUCUAAAGUCGGCGUACCCAAGAUAUCGCCUUGUAUGCGGCAUAUAGCUAGCCCACUAAUGUUAGACCGUUGGAAUUGUGAUCCC